AUGGAUUCUAUCGUAAAUCAUACAGCAACUGUGAUUGCAGGAAACAAAGUUAAUGUCCGUCAAAUAAAAGGAAUUUUUAACGAUAUUGUUCAACAAUUUACGGAAUCACUUUCAAUAGUCAAUGAUGUUAUUUCAACACCAUAUGCUCUACAAAUAGCAGCCUCAAUAUCUGAUGAAUUAACCAAAAACAACAACAAUAAUACAGAUUUGAUAUUAUCUAAUCCAUCUUUAUUAAAACAUAAAUUUUAUAUAUUAAUUCGAAAUACAAUUACAGAACGAUUAAGUAAAUUGAACAACAUGGAUACGGAAUUUGGCGAUAUAGAAAAACAAAAUUUAAACAAAAUGUGUUAUUUAUUCAAACGUAUAAGCCAAAAUGUUAACAAUGAAAAUUAUGAAAUAUUUGAAAAUUUAAUUUUAAAUAAAACAUUUAUUGAACCAAUGAAACAAUGUCUGGACGAUGUAGCCAAAAAUUGGAAAUAUCUGAAUGAUGUGCAUAUCACUGACGUACUGAGUAAUAUACUUUCAUUACUUACAAAUGUUCGAAAUAGUAAACAAAACACAGGACAAUUUUGA